AUGGUAGCGGAGGAGUUGGCGAUUCUUGUGAGGAAGGAAAUUUCAAUAGGUAUGUAUAAACCUUUGGUUAUCAACAAUGAAUGUUCAUACAGUUUAUUCCAACUUGCUGAUGAUACAAUUUUUAUGGGGGAGAGUGGUUGGGACAAUGUGUGGGCGAUUAAAUCAAUUCUCAGGGCAUUCAAAAUGUUGUCGGGGCUGAAGAUAAAUAUGGGAAAGAGUAAGUUGUACGUAUGCGGUGUGGAGAACCAUUUUUUGGAGGUUGCAACAUCUUUCUUAUGUUGUAAGAUUGACAAAACCCCUUUCUCUUUUCUGGGAAUCACUGUUGGGGGAAACCAUAGACAUAUUGCUUUUUGGAACCCAAUGAUUAAUAGUAUUAAAUCAAGACUGUUGUCUUAG